GGCUAGAUGUCCAAAACAACGGCUGCAGAUAGCUUUCCUGUCGAGUCGAAUAUACGGCCUAAAGUAAAUCGUCCCGCUAAAAGAGGCUUUCAAAUUGCACAACUAACCAUCUCCAAGAAGACGAAAUGGACAUAUUUCAGAGGUACUCCUUUUCCGUUCCCAAUCCCAAUCAGAAGAGCGUCUGAGAAUGGAGUCGAGCAGCGGCACAGCCGGAGGUGGAGAAUUAGGGUCAGGGUUUGCAGAGGUUGAGACGGUUGCCGAGGGAUUGGAGAGAUCCGCAGUCUUCCAUCUCGUCAAGGAGAUCGUCGGCUUUGUCCUUUACAUGCACCAUCAGAUCCCGGCCAUUUUGCAGCAACUCGAGAAUGAGUUUGACAUGUUGAAAAAAGAAAGCAAAAAUCUGGACUCUGUCCAAACACAAACAGGGCUAAAUGCAACUUCCCGAAGAAGGCAUAAUGGAAGAAUAAGAGAGGUAAAACAGGGAAUCAAGAGGAUGGAGAAGUUGAUGAAUUCCAUUUCUACUCUACUUUCUGCUCUUCAACUGAUGCUCGAUGAAACCCCUAAUAUCGAGGGGGUUAUUUUGGUUCUUGGAGGAAGUCUUAUACGUCCUCAGUAUGUCUAUGAGAUGUUCUUCUCACGUGGAAGAGUAGCAUCCGAAAGCGAGAAGUACUGCACUAAAAGCAGAGCUGCAGAAGCUCUUUCGAGGAAGGCUAUUCGAGCACUGGUAUCAAAUGGUGCUGGUGCUGGUUCUUAUGCAGGCCCUGCAAAACUCUUUCUUCUGGUCAAAGCUCCUGCUACUUUGAAUCUGUCACAACAUUUUCUUCCCAAACGUGACUUCAGAUACAGCAAGAAGAUAGUACCUUUCAGAUUACAUAUAAAAUGCAGGACGCAAUAUCAGUACAUGGAUGAGUCACAUCAUACUUCUCAGUCCAACUCCAUCAGUAUUCUGGAUUCUGCUUCAAAUGAUAUGAUCUGGUUUCAAUGCAGACACACAAUCAAGGGAUUAGCUUCAAAAACAACAUUGCUAGAUGGAUGAAAGACCCGGCUCUUUAUCUUCCACUUUGGUUCUUCAUCCGUUCUCUCCUGAUGAUGUCUCUCAUCACACAAGAUGGAAUUUCUCGACUGUCUUUUGAUAUACAGGCUUGCAUUUCUGAAUGUUCAUCAUGAUAGAAAUUAACCAAAAUGUAUGUACGUGUUCUGGUCUGGAGAUGCCUUUGCACUUCUAUAUUGAUGGUAAGCUUCCUUUCCCUUUUUUUCUUUCUUGAAAAAAGGAACUUCUCAUUGUA